UAAUAUUCCAUAUAAUUUGGUAGAAAAAAGUAUAAAAAAACAUUGGAACAGAAUUAGAAACCACACUGAUUUGUCACAAAUUAGUUUCCUAAAGAUACUUCAGUUUGUAUUUGAUACAACGUAUUUUAGAUUUAACAAUGAAUUUUACAAACAAAAAUUAGGUACACCGAUGGGUGCCAUCAUUUCUCCAAUAUUAGCUCAAUACGUUAUGGAUGACCUACUUGAGGUGUGCGUAGAUAAGCUGUCGUUUCAGUUACCAUUUCUGAAAAAAUAUGUGGAUGAUAUAAUUACUUCCAUACCUGAAAGUUGCGUGAGGGAAACUCUCACAGUGUUUAACAGCUAUGAUGCACACAUACAAUUUACAGUAGAGGAGGAAAUUGAUAAAAGCGUACCAUUUCUGGACACUAAAGUGAUCCGGAACAACGAUAACAAAAUUAUAUUAGAUUGGUACAUAAAACCGACCAGUUCGGGGAGAUAUAUGAAUUUCCACUCUUACCAUACAACGAAAACAAAAAUAAAUUUGGUCAUAGCAUUAAAGACACGAAUAGAGAGGAUUUCUCACCCAUCACUAAGACAAAAAAAUCUUAAUAAGCUUUACGACAUGCUGAUUAACAACUCAUACCCAAGUAGGUUAACUAAAAAAUUGUUAUAUAGCACGACCCCACUAAGAGCUCCAAACCCGCGGAACACGGUCGUCCACUCAGAUAGCCCAGAAAUGGACGAUCUGAGAUGUUUUUAUUUUUCAUUGCCAUACAUUAAAGAAUUAACGACCACACUCACAAAAAUUCUGAGAGCACAAACAAAUAUUAAGAUAGCAUAUAAACAAACAAAAACAUUGGGGAGUGUCUUUAGCAAACUAAAAGAUAAGGAUGAGGUACAAAAGAAUUCAGAAGUAAUUUAUAGCAUCCCCUGUAAUCAGUGUGAUCAGGUAUACAUAGGACAGACAUCGCGAGUACUUAAGGAUAGAAUUACGUCACACAAGAGUGAUUGCAGACUCAAUAAGAACACCUGUUCAUUAGCAACACACUCUAACCAAAUGGAUCACGAUGUUAACUUUGUUGAAACAAAAAUUCUCCAUAAAGAAAGCAACUACAACAAAAGAGCAAUUUUGGAAAUGGUGGAGAUCUUCUUGGAACCGAAAUCGAUCAAUAAAAGAUCUGACAUUGAUGGCCUCAGUGUGAUCUACUCUAAUGUCUUAACUUUACAACCAACCGUCAAUCGAAUUGCGUUUGCUGAUAAUAGUGUCGUCACAAUGUAAUUAUAAUUUAGAAAAAUAGUCCCAAGCCUCUAUACAUUAGGUGCCUUGUAAACAAAAAGGAGGUAACAAAAGGAAAAAAAGAAGGGAAAAAAACUGGACGGCUGGCGGUAGUCAUAUUAAUAAAACCUUUCCAUCAUUUGCGUUUUGCGUUUGAAGUAAAAUUCGUUUAAAUAAAAUGUAACAACAAUUUCGUCUAGAUGGCUGCCCUCGGUUAUAAUAAUUAACGGUCGUAUUUGAUUCUUUCUGUUAUCCGGAUGAGUUUGGUGUUGGCCUAUAAUGGCACUGUAGCAGUAAGUACUUUAACUAGAAGACUUUAGUAUUAAAUAACUAAGAGCCGCUUUCAUAUUGUAGCCCCUGAAGAAGAAAAUAAACAUUUUCGAAAGCUUGGUGUAGCACAAAAGCCUUUUAUUUGAGCCCUCAUCAGGACCGAUACCCCAAUUAACUAAAAUUUGUUGUUCAACUAGCCGGUCACGACUACCGUUUUGUGUAUUUUACAGGAAUGGGGUUUUUCCAAUCAAUAAAAGCUCGAUAUGGAAACGAAGCAGUUUCACUACUCAAACAAUGGGCCAGGCUCGGCAGCAAACUAUCAUCGUUUGGAAACAGGAAGAUAUUCUUACUCAAAUGCAGACAGACAGGGAUCAUACCGAGACACAUUACAGACGGGACCAGAAAUUUGGGCAUGCUUUUGGAUUUGACCGAUGGACAUAUGGGGGACCGCAUUCGGGAUUUCAAUACCAGGAAUGGGGUUUUUCCAAUCAAUAAAAGCUCGAUAUGGAAACGAAGCAGUUUCACUACUCAAACAAUGGGCCAGGCUCGGCAGCAAACUAUCAUCGUUUGGAAACAGGAAGAUAUUCUUACUCAAAUGCAGACAGACAGGGAUCAUACCGAGACACAUUACAGACGGGACCAGAAAUUUGGGCAUGCUUUUGGAUUUGACCGAUGGACAUAUGGGGGACCGCAUUCGGGAUUUCAAUACCAGGUUGAAUAACAAAUUAAUUAAUUUAGAAAUAUCACUCACUAUUUCAACUAUCAAUCGUAUAGAAAAAUCACUGAAACAAGUAAGAGAGAAAGUUUUGACAUUGAUUCCGGGGGAUGUUGUUGACGAAUUUGGUAAAAGACAACAAGGGUCAUGUGAUAAAAAAUUCAAAACCAUCAAAAAAAAGAACAUAAACAAAUUUCAAAACUUGAAGUCGCAACAGCAUCACUUAACAAUCAAAACACAAGAUAAUUGGGUUAAGAAUAUUUCAGAGGUUGAGGUCCCGGAUGAUGUCUUGAGGUUUCUCUCUUUAGGUUCGAAAUUUUCCGUGCCACCAAGAUGCAAUGAAAUCUCAGUCAAACGUUUAAUUGCUGAUGUAGAAACUAUAAUUAAAGUUGUACCAGAGAACGCAAAAAAUACUGUAAGAGCUAAGUUUACUAAUGUAUUGACUAAUUUUUUAAAACAACCGGCAAAGCGUAGCUAUAUAGACAUUUUGUUAAAAAAAACAAAAAAAAUUUUUAAGGAUCACGCUGAGUUGGUCGUUUCUAGGGCCGAUAAAGGGAAUGUGACAGUUAUUAUGUCUAAAGAUACAUACAUUCAAAAAUCAAACGAAAUUCUGAUGGAUCGGACCUAUUACGAGCGUCUCAGAUGUGAUCCUACAUCUACUUACCAACAAAAAGCUAACAAACUUGUCAAAUCAUUAAAAGAUCAAAAACAAUUAACACAUGAGGUAGCCAAAACUUUAAAUAUAUAUAAUCAAACUUGUCCUAAAUUUUAUGGCUUACCCAAAAUACAUAAACCCCAAUUGUCCUUAAGACCGAUAAUUUCAUCAAUUAAUGCUCCGAACAGUAAACUGGCUUCAUUGUUGACUCAGGUUUUAACCAAAGCAUAUAAUAAGAAUAAUGAUUAUUUCACAGGUGAUUCAUUUGAGUUUUCUUCAUUUAUCAAUGACAAACAAUUACCUAAUAAGUAUGUUCUUGUGAGCUUGGAUGUCGUCUCUUUAUUUAGUAAUAUUCCAUAUAAUUUGGUAGAAAAAAGUAUAAAAAAACAUUGGAACAGAAUUAGAAACCACACUGAUUUGUCACAAAUUAGUUUCCUAAAGAUACUUCAGUUUGUAUUUGAUACAACGUAUUUUAGAUUUAACAAUGAAUUUUACAAACAAAAAUUAGGUACACCGAUGGGUGCCAUCAUUUCUCCAAUAUUAGCUCAAUACGUUAUGGAUGACCUACUUGAGGUGUGCGUAGAUAAGCUGUCGUUUCAGUUACCAUUUCUGAAAAAAUAUGUGGAUGAUAUAAUUACUUCCAUACCUGAAAGUUGCGUGAGGGAAACUCUCACAGUGUUUAACAGCUAUGAUGCACACAUACAAUUUACAGUAGAGGAGGAAAUUGAUAAAAGCGUACCAUUUCUGGACACUAAAGUGAUCCGGAACAACGAUAACAAAAUUAUAUUAGAUUGGUACAUAAAACCGACCAGUUCGGGGAGAUAUAUGAAUUUCCACUCUUACCAUACAACGAAAACAAAAAUAAAUUUGGUCAUAGCAUUAAAGACACGAAUAGAGAGGAUUUCUCACCCAUCACUAAGACAAAAAAAUCUUAAUAAGCUUUACGACAUGCUGAUUAACAACUCAUACCCAAGUAGGUUAACUAAAAAAUUGUUAUAUAGCACGACCCCACUAAGAGCUCCAAACCCGCGGAACACGGUCGUCCACUCAGAUAGCCCAGAAAUGGACGAUCUGAGAUGUUUUUAUUUUUCAUUGCCAUACAUUAAAGAAUUAACGACCACACUCACAAAAAUUCUGAGAGCACAAACAAAUAUUAAGAUAGCAUAUAAACAAACAAAAACAUUGGGGAGUGUCUUUAGCAAACUAAAAGAUAAGGAUGAGGUACAAAAGAAUUCAGAAGUAAUUUAUAGCAUCCCCUGUAAUCAGUGUGAUCAGGUAUACAUAGGACAGACAUCGCGAGUACUUAAGGAUAGAAUUACGUCACACAAGAGUGAUUGCAGACUCAAUAAGAACACCUGUUCAUUAGCAACACACUCUAACCAAAUGGAUCACGAUGUUAACUUUGUUGAAACAAAAAUUCUCCAUAAAGAAAGCAACUACAACAAAAGAGCAAUUUUGGAAAUGGUGGAGAUCUUCUUGGAACCGAAAUCGGUCAAUAAAAGAUCUGACAUUGAUGGCCUCAGUGUGAUCUACUCUAAUGUCUUAACUUUACAACCAACCGUCAAUCGAAUUGCGUUUGCUGAUAAUAGUGUCGUCACAAUGUAAUUAUAAUUUAGAAAAAUAGUCCCAAGCCUCUAUACAUUAGGUGCCUUGUAAACAAAAAGGAGGUAACAAAAGGAAAAAAAGAAGGGAAAAAAACUGGACGGCUGGCGGUAGUCAUAUUAAUAAAACCUUUCCAUCAUUUGCGUUUUGCGUUUGAAGUAAAAUUCGUUUAAAUAAAAUGUAACAACAAUUUCGUCUAGAUGGCUGCCCUCGGUUAUAAUAAUUAACGGUCGUAUUUGAUUCUUUCUGUUAUCCGGAUGAGUUUGGUGUUGGCCUAUAAUGGCACUGUAGCAGUAAGUACUUUAACUAGAAGACUUUAGUAUUAAAUAACUAAGAGCCGCUUUCAUAUUGUAGCCCCUGAAGAAGAAAAUAAACAUUUUCGAAAGCUUGGUGUAGCACAAAAGCCUUUUAUUUGAGCCCUCAUCAGGACCGAUACCCCAAUU